CUUAGUCCGAUAGACCCCGCCACGUAAGGAAAAUAACAAACAGAGCUCCCCAUAUAUAAUUAUCGCCACGGAGUAAAAACAGUGCAGAAUAACAACACAUUAAAAAGCGUAUACUAUCAAGAUGCCACCACUUCCCGGAUUCUCAGACAAUCCGUUGAAGGACAGGGACGAUAUCAUUCAAGCUGCAAUCGCAUUCAUCAAGCCACUACACCAACACAUUUCUCCAAGCGGAGCAUUCGUCCGUCUGCCUACCUCAACCGGUGCUCACUUUGACGAGGGCGCAGCACGCCUCGAAGGCUAUGCGCGCCCACUCUGGGUGGUUUCAACCCUGCUACAUUCAGUGCAGUCUGAUCAGGCCCACGCCGAGACAAUCAGGUCACUAGCUCAGCCAUGGAUUAACGGUAUAUGUGCAGGAACAAACCCAGAUCACCCCGAAUACUGGGGUUCCAUUUAUAAUGGCGAUCAACGCAUGGUUGAGGCCGAAGUUAUUGCCUGCGCAUUGCUUUUCGCGCCAAAAGAGUUCUUCCAUUCGCUUGAGGAAACGGCUCAAGCUAACAUCGUAUCAUGGCUGCGUGGUAUGAAUGGAAAGGACAUGCCAUUGAAUAACUGGAGAUGGUUUCGUGUCUUCUCCAACCUGGCAUUGGUACUCGUUGCGGGUAUUCCUCAUGCGGAAGUGAAAGAGGAGAUGGAGCGAGAUCUAGCCGUCGUCGAUUCAUUUUAUAUUAGCCAAGGCUGGUCGGGAGAUGGGCCGUGGAAGACACCUGAGCAAGAAGCAGAAGAGGAGAGAGAAAGCGCCGAACAUCGGCGGCGUGAUAGGAUUGGAUGCGGGCGCCAAGCUGACUACUAUUCUGGUAGCUUUGCUAUCCAAUUCAGUCAAUUGCUGUAUUCUAAGUUUGCGGUCAGCUUAGAUCCUGAACGAACAGCGACGUACCAGCAGCGGGCUCGAGACUACGGAAGUUCCUUCUGGAGAUACUUUGACGCGAGUGGCGCCGCUAUUCCGUUUGGACGCUCUCUGACAUAUCGUUUUGCAUGUGGCGGCUUCUUUGCUGCGCUUGCAGUCGCUGAAGUUCCAGAUAUGCCCACUCCUGUAUCGUCACCGGGCGAAGUCAAGGGAUUUCUACUUCGACACCUUCGGUGGUGGGCCCAGCACUCCGAUGAUAUCUUCUAUCCCGACGGGACUAUGAAUAUUGGAUAUAUGUACCCAAACAUGUAUAUGGCUGAAGACUACAACUCUCCUCAAUCAGUCUAUUGGAGUCUUAAGUCCAUGGUUGUAAUAUGUUUGGGAAAAGACCACGAAUUCUGGUCUACCCCAGAAGCUCCGUAUCCCGUCUUUUCUUCCGUUAAUAAGGCCGACUUGGAGAGCUCUACCCUAGAAGACAUUGCCCCCGUUGAGGUGAUCCCCCCACCAAAUCAAAUUCUAUGCAAUCAGCCACAUGGUGGCCACCACUUCCUUCUGUCACCGGGUCAAUUUGUUGCUUGGCCUAUGAAAGCAAACCAGGCGAAAUACUCCAAAUUUGCCUACUCGUCUGCCUUCAGUUUUAGUGUUCCUACGGGUCCGCUAAUCCAACAGAUUGCACCCGACAGUAUGUUGGCCCUUAGCCGGGACGGCGCAUCUACGUGGGCUGUGAAAUGGAAAUGCUCACCAGUUCAGUUUUCGACUACGAAAUUACAGUUAGAGUCAUCGUCGAUUGCAGAGACGGUACCACUGGCGCGUGUAGAAUGGCGUCCCUGGGAAGACGGGCAAGUGAGUGUCACAACGACACUUAUCCCGCCAACCAGACGCUGGCCUGAUUGGCAUGUCCGUAUCCAUCGGAUACGACUCGGUCGCCCGGAGAAGCUCGACAGUUUACAUCUGCUAGAAGGCGGGUUUGCCAUCUCCCGGGUUCCAGCCAGCAGCAGCAAGAGGAACCUUCCACUACUAUCAGAUGAUGAUUCUUCCCUAUUGAAUAUCAAAACUGGGGGGGAAGGGGUCUACUCGUCGAGUACCAGCGCUCUCGUCUUAUCCGCGGCUGGUGCAAGCGGUAUUCGCGGCAUUGCUAGCCGUUCUGGUGACACGCCUAUUACGACUGAGCAUGAUGCAAUGAAGCCAGACUCUAACACCAAUUUGACCGCUCAAAGAACAUUUAUUCCCAUUACAACUCACGAGAUCUUCGACUUUGACUCGACGUCCGAGAUUGAGUUGGUGACAAGCGUAUUCGCUAUCUCGACGCCAAAUGAUACACACACGAAUGGCAGGACGCUUCGGGAGAGAUACUUGGACAUUCCUAGGAUUCAUAUUCAGGGCCGACAAACUUCAUUAGAGUCAACUCAAGAUAGCAUUAUCAUUGACGGAUAGGAGUGAUAGAUAUAUGGAAAUGUAGCUUUAGGUCA